AUGACUCAAAGAGCUCAAGCUCCAUGGUUGUCUGAUGAGAUCAGAUCUGCGAAACGUCGCCGAAGGAUAGCUGAGCGUAACGGAAGGUCUACAAAGUCUGAAUCUGACUGGAGAACAUUCAAACUUCUUCGGAACAAAGUUGUCUUUCUUAUGAAUAAGUCUCGUCGUAAAUUUCACACAGAUUUUGUCAGCAACAUUUCUGGUGAUCAACGCAAGCUUUUUGCUGCUACAAAGAAACUGUUAAAUCAGACAGCACAUACGCCUUUUCCACCUCACGGCGAUAGGUUAGCCCUGGCUAAUGACAUGGGGUCGUUCUUUAUGAAGAAAAUAUCGGAUCUUCGU